AUGUCUAACUAUCUCAAAAUUGCCCAAAAGCAUAAAAGAAGCCGGGCAGUUUUCAUGGAAGAACAAACCCUAACUUCGGGCAGCCCCAUGUUUGACUCCGGUCAAGGUCAAACCCCAGAUGAUGAAUUAUUUUUCCCCGAAACAAUGUUUUCAGCAAACUCAGUUCCCGAUAGUGCUUUACCUCUUUCAAAUCAAUUAGAAAAUGUUCACAUGGGAAAGUGUAAUGGAGUUUUGGACAAUUUACCCUUGCCCCUGAUAAUGACGAAAAGCCCCAUUAUGUUGGAGAGACUUGGUAUAAGGCCAGAGUACCUUAACAUGGAGCAACAAGGGGGUCUUGAUAGGGGUAAAAAUGGAACAUUUGGGAUGAAAAAUGGUUUGAGUUCUCAACAAGCUUCGGAAAUGUCUCGACAAAUGGUGUCCCGGUUGUUGAUUGAUGUUGGUUUUGAAUCGGCUUCUGGUGGAUCAUUGGAUAUAUUAGCUCAAUUAGUUGGGUGUCAUAUUUGUAAAUUAGGUCGAAUCUUGAAAGUCCUUUCUGAUAGUUACAGAAAAGAUUGUUCGGCUAUUGGUCUACUUAAGAUGUUCCUCCAAACAAUUGGACAUGGUAACCUUGCGGCUUUUACCGAGGUUGUUAAAGAUAGUUCCAAGAACAACAUUCAACAAACACAAAUGCAAGUUCAAGCAAUGCAGACACAAAUGCAAUUACAAAGUCAAACUAGAGUUGGUCAACCCCAUCAAUUUGCAAGACAAAUGCAAAACCAAAUGGUUCAUCCUCUACAACAACAGCAACAGUGGGACCGCAUGCGAAGGCGUCAACCUGCAACUCCAAAUCCUCGUGGUGUUGGUGUGAUGAAUAUGAAUUUGGAUAAUGAAAGUCAAAGGUCAAUGGUGGAAGUCAAACUUGAAAAUCCAUCUGAUUUCCAAAUGGAUAACAACAACAACAACAAUAAUGGUGGAUUUGCAACCAUGAAUUAUCGAAACCCUCAAAUGCAAUUUCGACAGCAGCAGUUUGCUGCCAUGUCAGCGUAUCAAGCUCAAAACAAUCAGUUUCGACCAAUGGCGUCUGUCCAAAUCCCCCAACUCCACCCACAAGCUCACUCUCCGAAUAUGGGAAUGAUGGUUAGAGCUCCACCUGUGAAGGUUGAAGCAUUUCAAGAAUUGAUGGGUGGAGAUUCUUCAAUGAAACAUGAUUCAGAUGAAAGUAAACUCACUUCCCCAAACUAAUUGACUUUUCAGAAUUAAAAAAAAAUGUUUUUUUAAUUAUAACUAAAUCAUGUUGUUAAAAUUGUAUAAAGGGUCAUUAAUUGUAUUUCUAAACUUUUAGUUGACUUUCAAUGUGAAUAGUGCUAAUUUGGUAGUGUAUGUGGUUACAAGCU